UCCCGGGCCCCGGCAGCCAGGCCGCGGCUCCCCCCGGCGGCGCUCGCUCUGCUCCGCUCCGCCCGGCAGCGGGGCCGGGACCUGCCCGUGGCGAGGCGAGGCGAGGCGAGGCGAGGCGGCGCCGGGACUCUGCCCAGCCCGGAGCGGGAGCGGAGCUCGGCCGGGCCGGGCCGGGCCCGCUGGAGAAGCCCCGCCCGGGGGGGCCAUGGCCGAGCGGGCCGCUGCCCAGGUGUCAUUCAAAUAAAAAGCCAAGGCGUUUGAAGAAGGGGGUGUUCUCGCGUCUUUGGAUUCUGAGCGUUACACUGAACAGCUACAGUGUAAGAACUGUACUAGGAGACAAGGGAUGCAACAACUCCCAGAGCUACUUAGAAACCUUUGAAGCCUCUUUCCUAACAGAUCAGCUGGAGGAAUCUCUAGAACUUGCCUGCUAGUGCCAUUGUAACGUAUACGUUACAAACCAUGCCAGCCCGCUGCGUAGUGGCCAGGUGUUCCAACACCACCCAAGACGGUGUAUCCUUGUUCAAAUUUCCAAAAGACCCUCAUGUUAGGAGCCUUUGGGACAGAUUUGUUCGGAUGAAGAGAGCAGACUGGAGAGGGGGACACGACCGCUCGCUGAUCUGCUCCGCGCACUUCACGGAUGAGUGCUUUGACAUUUCAAGUGUGACGCAAAAAAAAUUAGAAUUUGGAAAGCGGUUACUUCUAACCAAAACAGCGGUUCCAACUCUGAACGUUUGCCCGAAUGUGAACGGGAACCCACAGUCCCUAUCGCAACCAAAAGGAAGAGGAGCCUUCCGGAAAAAAAUCAUCCAAGAGGCUGAUGAAUGGGAGGUGGAAUCGCAGCCCCUGGCCGCCUUACAUCCACCAGUCCUCCCUGAGCAAACGUCUGUACAAGAAACACCACCUCCAAGUGCAGAGGCUUCCCUUCGGACUGUAUUAGCCGCAGUCCAAGCUGUUGAGAAGAAAUUAGAUUCUCAUGCCACGAGGUUGCUGGGUCUGGAAGGGAGAAUGUGGAUGGCUGAAAAAAAACUAAUAGGCUGUGAGAGAACUGUAGUGGAGUUUGGGAACCAGCUGGAGAGUAAAUGGGCCGUGCUGGGAACUCUGAUCCAGGAGUACGGGCUGCUGCAGAGGAGGCUGGAGAACAUGGAGAACCUGCUGAAGAACAGGAACUUCUGGAUCCUGAGGCUCCCCCCAGGCACUAAGGGGGAGGUGCCCCAGGUGCCGGUGACAUUUGAUGACAUCUCAGUCUAUUUCAAUGAGCAGGAAUGGAAAAGCUUGAGUGAAUGGCAGAAGGAGCUUUACAAGAACACGAUGAAGGGGAAUUAUGAGACCCUGAUCUCACUGGACUAUGCUGUUUCUAAACCUGACAUCCUGUCCCGGAUAGAGCGAGGGGAGGAGCCGUAUAUCGGGGAUCCGCAGGCCUCUGAAGAAAGGAAAAUCUCUAUUGAACCAUGUGUCAAUUCUCCCGUUGCUGCACCUGGCCGGUUGUGCCAGACCGAACAAGGUGCAGAGCUGUGUGUCGGGGAACAGGGCGAUGCUAAGGAAAGAGGUGUCCCUGCAGACCGCAGCACAGGAACCAAUUACACAGUCUCCGGCUGUGAUGUUUUAUCAUGGAUUAAACGAGAGGAACAGUCCAGUGCUGAGAAUCAAGAACGCGUUGGGGAAGGAGAGCUCUCGACAGACCCCAGUGCUGGACGCGCAGCUUCUGCACGUGACGCUUUCUGCCGGAGGGACGUCGAGGAAGAGCCAAGUGUGCCGGAUAUGCAGGUGUUGGAGGAAAAGCGACUCCAUACAGAGCUCUGCGCAGGCCAAGGGAGGGAUGUCUCUGAGUCUCUCUCUAUUGCUGCAGAUGAGGUGAUUGUGAUGAAAACGGAGAUGCAGGAGCAUGAGGAAGAUCCUGAAGACUUGGAGCCGCGUGACAUGCUCCUGGGAAUUUCAGGGGAAAGUGUUUCCCAGAGUCUGGUUGCUACAACAGCCUGGGAGGGUCAGUGCGGCUCUGUAACGCCGCCAAGGAGCCCGGCAGGCAUUGUCUUGGAGGAGCCGACUCCACGUGGAAGAGAUUUCGGUGGUAUCAAGCCUCUCCAUGUCCAUCAGGCAAGCCACGCGGGAGGGAGGCCGUAUAUCAGGUGUACUAAGGGUGGGAAUUGCUUCCGGUUGAAAGUGAGCUUUGGGAAACAGCCCAGGAGCCGUGCCAGAGAGAGACCUUGUCAGUGCACCGAGUGUGCCAGGACCUUCCGGUGCCAUUCGGAGUUCAGCCGCCACUAUGCGAGCCACACUGGGGAGAGGCCGUACAAAUACACCAGCUGUGAGCAGACCUACAGCCGGAAGUGGUUCCUUCUGAAUCACCGACAAGUCCGCGUGGAGGAGAAGCCAUUCCAGUGCGUUGUGUGCGGGAAGAGCUUCCGGCUGAAGGGGAGUUUCCUCAGACACCAGCGGGGCCACGGGAAGGAGAAUCCCCAGGAUUGCACAGAGCACGGCAAGGACUGCAGCUGCCACGCCGAGCUCUGUGCGGGCCAGCGGCUCCAGGCUGGGGGGAAGGCCGGCCAGUGCGCUGAGGGUGGGGAGACGUCUGCUCAGAAGCAGCGUCUGCCCAAUGGCCAGCGAGCGUGCUCUGGGCAGAGGUCGUUCCAAUGCCCCAUCUGCGAGAGGAGCUACAAGGUCAGGGCCAGCUUCCACAAGCAUCUGCAGAGCCACGAGACCGGGACGCCCUGCAAGUGUGCAAAGUGCGGGGCUGACUUCCCAGGUACGACGGCACCACAGGAUCAGCAGAGGGCAGACCAGACCGAGCAGGCUUCCCCAGGGCAAAGACUGGAGACCGGGAAAACACCAGGGGGUGGGAUGGGUGACUAGGUUGUAACUAGCGCAUCACGUCCAGACCAGUUCAUCCCCGCGCUUGGUAGGCUGGAAAAGCACCCACAACCUCCUGUCGGCCUCAGGGCUGGAGUGUGAGUGGGUGGGGUGGGGCUCUCCAUGGCCAAUUGUAAAUGACCCUGUUGGGCAGCAGUCUAAAGGACUGCUCCCCGGGCAUCUCAUCUUCCCACAGGCUCCCUGGCCAAACUCGUGAAGAGUGUCUGAUCUCUGCUCCGCACCAGCUGACUAAAGCAGGCAAGAUUGCAGUGCUUGCGGCAGCCCCCUCUUUGCUCGCUCGACGCUGCAGGGGAGGCAGGAUCUGCCGAAGGGCAGGUGGUGUAAAAGCUGCUCUCUAGCUCGCCAGAGCCUGAAGAAAUCUGCCUGCAUGAAAGAGUUAAUUGCUGUAGUUCGGCAAAUACCUGGUACCUUCAUAGUAAAAACCUCGGAGUGCUGAGUUCAGAUCCUUCUUCCUAGGUCUGCCUGACUCCUCCCCUUCUCAGGAUCAUGCUCCCCCCCGGACCCCUGGAGCGGUCUCCAUGUUCUCAUCUGCACAGAGCCAUUUCUCCUCUCCGAGCUACCCCUGCCCUUUCCUCCUCCUGCCAGUCAAUAAUCCCCACUGCCGCUCUGUUUUCCUGUGCCGUGUCUUGUCCUAAUUCGCUGGUAAACUCUGGGGCCCUGGGGCUGUGUCCGAGUCUAGGUCUGUGCCACCUUGCCGUAUAAAUGACUUCUAAAAGCAUCAGAUCGAAUGUUCACAAGCUUGCCCCACAGUUCACAGCGAGCUGGGCUGGUGGGGCAGCAGGUCUGGAUCCCGAAGAGUAGAGUCAGGGCUAGGGUUUAAGUCAGAGUCAAUGGGGCUGAAAUCUCAUCAGCUGUUCCUGCAAGAUUUGUGUCCUAACACCUGCCCUCCUAGUGGGAAGGUGUCGCUGUCCUGCAAUGCCGGAGCCCUUCUCUCGCUGGCUCUCCUCCAAAAUAGGGUUCUUCUAGUCCAAGGUUCAGACGAUAAUCUCAGCAUUAGGGCUGCACCUGGCCUGUCCUCCUCGAGUUUUGUUUGUUUAGGGUUUUUUUUCUUGCAUCUCUCUGUGUGGGUUUUUAUAGGGACGUGCGUUCUCACAUGUAUAAUGGCAGCUAAACCCCAUCAUCGCUCACUGGUGGGAAUAGCUGAUGAUCCUUCCCCACCAUGAAUGGUUUGCGGGGAAUAAUGGGGUGUUAUGAACACUGAGAAGCUGAAC